CAACAACACUUUCGCAUUCCCGCCGCUAUCUGCUCCUAUUGUAACCACUUCUGAUCAGCAGCGUCCACGGGCUCAAGAUGGCGACCAUCUAUAUCGACGAAGAUAUCGGCAAAGACGAGCCUACCCAGCAGGGUACCGAGGAAUCGCCAUACAAGACACUCCAAUUCGCAUACCUCGAGCGCCCCGCCGAGGCCCAAUACCUCACGCGCAAGUCCCAAAGCGCUGACGAUGAAGCUGCGAAGGAGUGGAAGCCCGCGGCAAAGUCUGCGUUGAAGAAGGCUGCCAACAACUACGAGCAGAAGAAGAAGAAGGCGGCGCGCGAGCUGGAACUCGCUGCCCAACGCAAGAGGCACGACGAAGAGCGUAACAAGGCGCUCGAGGAGGCCAAGAAGAUCGUGAUCGAGGAGGAUACCAGCCUCCCGGCGCCUGUCAAGAUCAAGCUGGACGAGGUUGGCGACCACAUCAAGCUGCGUGGCACUGGGGAAUCCGAAAGUAAAGGCACCCGAGUGCGCGUCGUCGGUCGUGUGCAUCGUGAGCGCAAACAGAAGGACAUGCUGUUCAUCACCUUGAGGGACGGCUAUGGCUUCAUGCAGGUCGUCAUUGGCGGCCAGCUGGCAAAGACGUACGAAGCCGUCACUCUCACACGCGAGACGACCAUGGAGAUCUACGGCGAGAUGUACGAGGUCCCUGCUGGCGCGCAUGCCCCGCUCAACCGCGAGCUGCACGCCGACUUCUACAAGAUCCCCAAGCACUGGAGGGCUGCUGGAGGUGACGACGCCAUCACCAACAGGGUCCAGCCAGGGGCAGAGCAUUCCACCUUGCUGGACCUGCGCCACCUCACCCUCCGCGGCGAGGUCGCCUCAUCCGUCAUGCUUGUCCGCGACGCUGUCGAGUUCGCCUUCAACCAGGCAUACAAGGAGUCGAGGAUCCGCAAGGUCAGCCCUCCCGCGCUCGUCCAGACGCAGGUGGAAGGCGGUGCGACUCUGUUCAAGUUCGAUUACUACGGUGCCGACGCCUUCCUUACCCAGUCGUCGCAGCUCUACCUGGAGACCUGCCUGCCGUCCAUGGGCGACGUGUACUGCAUUGAGAAAUCUUUCCGCGCGGAGAAGUCCCUCACCAGGCGGCACUUGUCCGAGUACACGCACGUCGAGGCCGAGCUGGACUUUAUCAGCUUUGACGACCUCCUGUCGCAUAUCGAGCACAUGAUUUGCCGUGUGCUGGAGCUCGUCAUGGCCGACCCCGUCAUUGCCGGAUACAUCAAACACCUCAACCCGGAAUUCAGCGUGCCGGAGCGGCCCUUCCUGCGCAUGAAGUACUCAGAUGCGAUUGAGUGGCUGCGGGAGCAUGAGAUCCUCAACGAGGACGGCAACCCUCACGCAUUCGGCGACGACAUUGCCGAGGCUGCCGAGCGCAGGAUGACGGACAUUAUCAACAAGCCCAUCUUCCUGACCCACUUCCCCGUGGAGAUCAAGGCGUUCUACAUGCAGAGGGACCCGGCAGAUCCUCGUGUUACCGAGAGCGUGGACUGCCUGAUGCCCGGCGUUGGCGAGAUUGUCGGCGGCUCGAUGAGGCUGGACGACCACGAGGCGCUGAUGGCAGCAUUCAAGCGUGAGGGCCUGGAUCCCGCACCGUACUACUGGUACACGGACCAGAGGAAGUAUGGCAGCUCUCCCCACGGCGGCUACGGUCUCGGGCUGGAGCGUUUCCUCGCUUGGCUGUGCAAGCAGCACACAGUCAGAGACUGCUGCUUGUACCCUCGCUUCAUGGGCCGCUGCAGGCCUUGAGUGGAUUCUGUCGUGGCUGUCGCUACCGCUCGGCAUAAGAGACGUCUUCAUAUUCCCCAUCCGCUGGUUUUCCUUGGCUGUCAAGGUGUCUUUUGCAGACCAAAUGGCCUAACUAGGGUUGUGCGUGUGUUGGGUGGUUAGUCGCGUAAGGUCGGUAUAGAAAACCGAGCCAGGUAGUCAGACACUACUAUAGUAGGUAGUUCAGGGGCUCGGCAAGGCUCUGAAUUCGGCCAUUUGGGACCUACAAUAGUAGAUAAAUAGGUCCGUCUAUAGCUGGUAUCACAUAUCUCUAUAGUCCCGCCUGACCACUGUUCUGCUCCCACCUGAUUUGUAAUUCAUGCUCUGGAUCGAGAUCAUACAUCCAGCCUGCUUCAAGACCCAUUUCCAUUUAGGACGUUGAGAGGUUUAAUAUUCCACCAAUCCAUUCAGAUAAACUGGCAUCUAUUAAACAAGUUGACCCGGCGCCCGAGCGUGCGCCCGACUUGUCGCAGGGCU